UGUUUUUUUGUUGUUUAUCAGAUAAACUAGUAAGAAACAAAGCAAUAAAUUGUACACACAUUUUUUUUUCAUUUUGGAGUUUCUUCUUAUUUUUAGGAGACUCGUGCUCAUUGUUUUCUUGGUAACAUUGAUAGUUUUUGGAGGAGUUUAUAAAGAUUCAAAAGAUUACAACAAGGAUUCUCAAGAUGAUGCAUAUACCCAAGAAGAGGCAUUGUACGAGGUGGAGUGUUAAGAAUAAAUAAGUUUAUUAUCAAUUAAGCUAAUUAGGAGUAAGUGAGCUAUCAGAUAGGUUGAUUGGUUCUCAAGAAAUCAUGUACUUCCUUGGCUCUCAAGGCAACUAUGUAAUUCCUUGGAUCUCAAGUUAAUAUGUACUCACUUGGCUUCCAAACAACAUUUAUACUUCUGCCCGGGUAUAAAUACCUCAUUUCUAUCAUCUAUUAUUCAUUCAUCUCUCUCGUUCUUUACUUUACAGUUGAGCAAGCUUGAUAGUGUUGAUCAAGAGAGAACGAUGGACUGGAAACCUGCGGUGAUGAUGAUGGCAGUGGUGAUCAUGUAGUGUUGAUCAAGAGAGAACGAUGGACUGGAAACCUGCGGUGAUGAUGAUGGCAGUGGUGAUCAUGUACGCGGUGUUGAACGUGAUGACGAAGAUAGCUUUCAACGAAGGGAUGCACACCACCGUCUUCAUCGUCCUCGGCCUGCUCAUCGCCGCGCUCUUCCUCUCCCCGAUCGCAUAUUUCAAAGAGAGGUUUGAAUCAGCACUAACCGUUAUCUUUACAGUUUUAAUUGUUUCUUUAUUGUUUGGGCCAUAUUCAUCACUAAUGAAGAGUCAUGAGGUAAGGCAAGCUUUUAUUGUAUUUUUUUAGUAAAAUGAAAAUUCAUGACCCCAGUUUCUGUCGUAAUUUAGCUAAUUUAUUAUGUAUAUGGUUUCCAUGUAUAUAUGUAGGAAGAGUAGACCUAAGCUGACCAUCGAGAUCUUCGCCUACCUCUUCUUGAGUGCCUUGCUUGGGUAAUUAAUCUCUUUUAAUUAAUUGUAUUAGGUCUUUUCUAAUUUAUUUUAAUUCUAAUUUUUCAUGCAUUAUACUAUAAAUAACAAGUGUUGACCAGUAUUAAAUAAUUAAAUUAUCUGUAAUUUUAUUUGCUAAUCGAUGCAUGCAUGGCAACGACAGAGCCUCACUGCUCCAGUGGCUGUUCUUCCUGGGCUUGCGGUACACAACAGCCAUGUUCGCGAGUGCCUUCAACAAUACGACCCCCAUGUUCACAUUCCUCCUCGCACUCGCCUUCAAAAUUGAGAAGAUUAAUGUGGCUAGCCGCUCGGGCGCUGCCAAGCUCACAGGCACGGCUGUGGGGCUGGCCGGAGCAAUGGUGCUUGCACUCUACCAAGGCCCAACCCUGAUUGGCGCACCAGCAGAACACCUAGCCACCGCUGCCGCCCAUAGCGGUGCACGAAGGUGGGUGAUGGGCUUAGUCGUAGCGCUGUUGGGCUUCUCAACAAGCUGGUCAAUGUGGUUCAUCCUGCAGUCCAAGAUUGGGACAAAGUACCCGGCACUCUACUCCAGCACGGCGUGGAUGUUCCUCCUUAGCUUUAUCCAGAUGGCUGUCGUAGGUGCCGCAACCGAGAAGAUGACCUUGCAGGUAUGGGUCCCAGGCACGGUGCUCCAGGCCGUCACCGUACUCUUCGCGGGUGUCGGAGUGUCGGCGCUGGGGUUCCUGGCCAUGACAUGGUGCGUGGACCGGCGAGGGCCUGUGUUCACCAUAGCCUUCAUGCCGCUAAUUCAGAUCAUCACAGCUGGGAUCGACGUCGCCAUCCUCCAUGAGAAGCUCCACCUUUGUAGCGUGUUCGGGUCGGUAAUUGUGGUCGUGGGGCUCUACUUCAUCCUGUGGGGAAAGAGCAACGAGGCAAGCACCAUUGAAGCUGGAGGACCCCUUUAAUCAUUUUUCACAUAUUAGAUUGAUCUAGCUUUGCCCCGUAUUACCUCGCCUUUAAUCAUUUUCCCCAUAUUAGACUGCUCCAUUGAUCAUUUGCCUCAUAUUACACAUACACAAGAGAAUUGGCCUAUGCCUAUAUACAGAUUUUGGUACGUAA